AUGAGUGGUCAUGGUACUAUUCCAUCUGGUGAUAACCUAAUGGCCACUGUGUCUGGUGUGAAAAUGCAGUAUAGCCGACUGUUUCUGGUGGAACCGUACAAAUCAAAGUAUAUACCCAAAAUAGGAGACGUCGUAGUGGGACGUAUUGCAAGCAUUCAGAGGGCUCGAUGGAAGGUGGAUAUAAACUAUAGAAUGGCUGCUAUCUUGCAUCUGAAUAAUGUUAACCUUCCUGGUGGCGAGCUUCGACGUAAAGGCCUAGAGGAUGAGGUCGCUAUGUCAAAACAUCUCGUGGUAGGUGAUAUGGUUAGUGCAGAGGUUCAGCAGAUACGAAUGCGUGGACAGUUACAACUUCACACAAGGAAUAUGAAAUAUGGUAAACUCGGUCAAGGAAUCAUGAUCAAGGUUCCUCCGAACUUGAUAAAACCUCAAAAGGAGUAUAUGCAUGAAAUGUAUGGGGUCAGUGUAAUAAUUGGAUGUAAUGGUAUAAUAUGGAUCUCUCCUGCUCUGAACACUAAUCCUGACGGUGGUUACAACACAGAUUCCACUUCGGUGCUCCCAUUAGACAAGCGUAAAGUGUUGGUGAGGAUUGCUGCUUGCGUGCGAAUGCUCGCCAAGAAUCUUAUUGCCAUUUGUGAUGUAUCGCUCAUGUCAGCCUAUAGCGUGUCGUUGACAUACAAGAAGAAACUUUGA